AAACCCAACAACAACAGCGAUAACGUUUCGGCAUCGUCAUCGUCGUCGCAGUCGUCGUUCUGAUUAUUGUUAUUUCAAGUGACAGCGACAGACACGGAUCUCUCCUCUUUUCUCUCUUCUCCUCUGUCACAUCUGCAACUAUGAAGUUUUUACAGUUUGAAAGAAGAUGCAAUGGUAAUAAAAAGAAAGUACUUGGUGUUGAAACGGUGCUCAAUGGUAAACAUGUAAUUGUCGAUUUAAAUUUAGCCGAUCCGUCCAUUCCGAUGGACAUGAGAACAUUUCUUAACGAUAACCACAACAACUUAAUUAAAACAUUAAGGGUGGUUGAAAACUCAAAGUGUUCAAGUGCAAAGGAAGAUGUAAAGUUAUUGUCACCAAUUACAAAUCCUGAUAAAUUAAUUUGUGUUGGUAUGAACUACAAAGACCACUGUGAAGAAAUGAAUAUUGAACUGCCUGUAGAACCGGUGAUCUUUAGUAAGUUCUCCAGCUGCAUUGUUGGUCCAACUGAUAAUGUUGAAUAUCCCAAAGAAACGACACAACUUGAUUGGGAAGUGGAAUUGGCUAUCGUUGUUGGUAAAGAAGGAAAGAGAAUUUCUCUCCAAGAAGCAAUGUCUCAUGUGUUUGGUUACACUGUUGCCUUUGAUGUGAGCGCCCGAGACUGGCAGCUGCAGAAGAAUGGACAACAAUGGCUUCUGGGGAAAUCCAUGGAUACAUUUUGUCCUUUAGGACCAUGCAUUGUUAUGAAAGAAGACAUUGCUGGUGUAUGGAAAACAUUCGGCGAGAAAUGGAAGAAAAUUUGAAGAAAGAAGGAAAAAAAAACAACAUAAUAAUAAUAAUAAUGUGACAGGCUCUUCUGUCGAAGACAACAUAAGAAUGAUCAGCUUUUGCCAAAUGACCUGCACAAAUGAUUUGUUUAUAAUGAUCAAAUGCCUAUGCUGCAAAUUAGUGCACCUGACCCUCCAUCAAAUUGAUUUUGUCUGAACAGGUGCACAGGUGUGCCAUGUGUCAGGUGUUGAAGUGAUCGCAGAGCAGCAUAUGAUGAAGUGCUUUGCUCAAGAACACAACACACGAUUCGGUCUAGGAAUUGAAACCAUGACCUAGCAAUCAUGAGUGCAACCACCUUAACUACUAAGCCACCUGGCCAUCUGCUAUAUAUAUAUAUCUAGAAGAAAGUUUCAAAAGAAAACAUUGAAAACUUCUCCAAGAAAAGUGGUUUCAAUCAGAAGAUAAUAGCAACAACAAUGAAACUCCUC